AUGGCUCCUCGCAAGAACAACAAUCGCAAAGAAACUGCUGCCAAGAAGGCCAGCAAGACAGCGGCCGGCAAGGGCAAGAAGAAGGCCGCCGCCACCAAGGCCAAAAGCAAGCAGACCAAGAGUCCUCCACCACCCGUCAACGACGAGAACCGCCCCAACAAUGGACAAACACGCGAGGAGGAAAAUCUCACUUUGUCUCGCCGCAGCACUCGUCGUCGUAUCCAACAAAAGCAGGUGAACUACCAAGACGAUGGAUCGGACACGGAUCCUGUUUCGUCGGACGAAGAAGACGUCGUCGAAGAGCCAACCGUUUCCAAGCCCAAGACAGCGCCGAAGGCGGCCAAGAAAGCGCCGAAGGCGGCCAAGAAAGCUGCUGCUCCCAAGAAAGCAGCGGCUGUCAAGGCCAAGAAAGGCGCCACAACGACGGCCGCCAAGAAGAAAUCCAGCAAGAAACAAAAGGUGGCAUUGAAGAGUCCUUCGGUUCGUCCUCCCGACGGUGAUUCGCCCCGCGUCAUUGUCGGACGCGAGGAGACGCCUCCUCCUGUCGAUUGGCGUUGUUUGGACGCACUCGAUUAUUGA